UAUAGUCAUAGGAAAGGAUCUUAAUCUGUGACUCUCAGUUUUUUUUUUUUUUUUGUUUUUUUUUUUUGGUCCACAUAUGAAUGGAAGCUUUACGUGCUAAACUGGAAUACACACUAGCAUACAGUAAUGCAUGCCACAAGUUUGUUUACAAAUCCAUAUGCUGUCCAGGUUCUUCAGUCCAAGAGAUCAGAACUCAUUGAAGGAAUAAAUAACACAGAGCAUCUUGUGGAGUGGCUGGUUGACAAUGGCAUUUUCACAUCAAACAAGAGGUUGUUGCUGUCUGGCUACAGAACACGGAGUGAAAAGAAUGCUAGACUUUUAGACAUCCUGGUUUCUCAAGGUGAGAGAACUUGUAGACUUUUCUUCUAUCCUUGCUUAAAGCGUAUUGAACCUGAUCUAUAUAAUGGUAUUAAGAAAUAUGUUAGUGAUGUUAGUACUGGUGAUGUGCGGAGACAAUUAGUAGGGUAUCUGCUUGAAAAAGAUAAAGAUGGAACAACAAAGACUGCUCAGCAAACUCAAGGCAAGAGUGUUCCUAAAGCAGCUGUACUGCUUCAAGGGAAUGCAGCCACAGAACAAAAGAAGGAAAAGGACAAAAGUAGUCCAGUAGUAAAAAAGCCAAAAGUGGACACUAUUUUACCUUCUUCUGUUUUUGAUGCAGCUGGCAAAGGGGACUUGUCAUUGUUGGAGAAGUUAUUAAAGAACAGUGACAUUAACAAAGUAAAUGAUUUAAAUGAAACACUUUUACAUAUUGCAGCUGCUGGGGGGCAUAUCCACAUUGUUAAAUACUUAAUUAAGCAAGGUGCUAAACUUGAAGUGAGAGACAGUAAAGGAAGGUCACCACUCCACCGGGCUGCAGAGAAUGGUCAUGAGGAGGUAGUGAGUGUAUUGCUCCAAGCUGGUUCACAUAUAUAUGCCUUUGACAAAGAGUCCAAAACCCCACUUCAUGCAGCUGCUGAGAACAAGCACUUUAAUAUAGUCAAGAUGUUAUUAAAUGAAGAAGCUAGGCUUUACAAACAACGGACACAUUUUCUACACAUGGCUGCACUCAGAGAUGACAGUACUUUGGUACGGAUUCUUCUAAGCAAUGAUGCUCCAGUGGAUGCUAAAGAUGAAAAUAAAAAUACUGCUUUGUUUCAUGCUGUUUCACAUGCCUUUGAAAAUACUGUAAGAGUACUGUUAGAGGGCGGUGCCCUCGUUGAUUCCAGUAUAAUCGAUGCUGCUUUCAAUACCAAUAAUCAGUCAUUAUUUAGCUUAAUUUUGGAGUAUACUAAGGGACUGUCCCCAGAAACCUUAGUAUCUGCUCUUUUCAAAGCAGUGCAGCAGAACCUGUAUAGGAUCAUUGCAGCUCUCAUUGACAAGGGCACUGAUGUAAAUUCCAGAAAUGAAAUGCAGUAUACAGCACUUCUCACGGCUGUGGAACUAGGCAGCAAUGAAUCUGCUAAGGUUCUAAUUGAAAAGGGGUCUAAUUUAGAUGCAAGGACACCAUCUCUAAGUACUGCUUUACAUCUAGCAGUUCAACAUGGAGACCUUUCAGUUAUAAGACUGCUGUUACAAAAGGGGAAAAAUCCAAACCCCUUAGGACCUGAAGACCAGACACCUCUACAUAUUGCAGCAUUUCACAAUAAACUAGAAGCAGUAGAUGUUUUAAUUAAAGCUGGUGCUAAGGUAAAUGCACUUACAAAGGAAUUAAUGACACCACUGCAUAUUGCUUGCCAAUGUGGUAAUCUUGAAGUUGCUGAAUAUUUGAUAAAUAAUAAAGCUUCUAUCAAUGCAAAAGACAAGCAGUCAAGGACACCUUUGCAUCUAGCGGCUAGUAUGGGACGGACACCUACAGUGGAUUUGCUUCUUAAAAAUAAAGCUGAUGUUAACUGCGUUGAUAAGGAAAAGAAAGCACCACUUCACAUGGCAGCAAUUGGUGGACAUCUUGACACAGUUACACAGCUGCUGCUAACAAAGAAGGCCAGAUUCGGAGCUAAAGACAUGGAUGGCUGCACGUCCUUGCAUUAUGCAGCCAGCCAGGGUAAUGUACUGAUUGUGAAAGCUCUUCUAAUUGCAGGAAAGAACAAGAAUGUUGAUGACAAGAAUGUCUGGAGGAAGACUCCAUUGCACCAUGCAGCAGAACGAGGCCACUAUGAGGUCAUAGAAGUUCUGCUAAACGCAGGCGCCACCAUGAACACUUUAGACAACAGCAGAGACACUCCACUUCACUGUGCAUGCAGAGGUGGUCACUUCCUUGCUGUUCAGACACUACUCAGCUGGUCUCAGGAUGAAAAGACAGGUUUGCAGAUGACAAAUGGUUUAGCCAAAACACCCCUUCAGGUGGCAGAGGUCGGUGAAACAUCUGAUCACCAUGAAAUAGUCACCUUGCUGAAAAAGAAAAUGUUACUAAUUCGGUGAAAGAAUGCAAAACAGAAAGCACUAGGAAUAAGUGACUGCUCUACAGAGGUUCUCAGGGGUCUCUUUUCUGAAAGCAAAGAUAAAUACAGAUGCAACAGUUGUAUUAUAAAGAUUCACUGCACAGAAAAAACAUAUACUGCUCACAUAUAGACCAUGGUUAUGUGUGGAUUUCAAACGUCAAACCUAUAAACAUAACAUCUUGUCUUCCACCUAUCAUGUGAUGUUGACCAUGUCUGUAAGUUUAACAAAUAUAUGUAAUGCACUGGAGACCUUUAUUUCAUUGCUGUGGGGAUUGUACAUAUUGCCAGGCUGCUAAUUUAUGACUUUUUUGUGUUAAAGACAGUCUUGGGUGAUCUUGGGCCUUUCACUUCUCCAGUUAAACCAUUUUAUCUGCUAGUUUCCCUAUUCAUGAUUUAUUAAGAAGAUUUAAAUGCAUGUUUUGAAAACAUGAUAGUAUUUCACACUUGAUAAUCUCACCUUAAUAGCACUGUAAACAUUUGUAUUCUACUGUUCUCACUGUUCCAUAAAUCAUUUUCCAGGUUAUAUAACUGUGGAAAGACUCAUAAUUAUAAGAGGAGAAAAGAUCCGAUGAAAAUGAAAAGUGUCAGGUGUAAGGAAAUGGUCAUUCAAAUUGACAAGCUACAUGUGCACAACAAAUAUUUUUGAAGACUUAUGUUGCUGGUUUAAUCAUUUUUCAUCUAUUUGUUGUCUCAUCUUCACAGUCACCAUGCUUACUACAGAAAAGAUCUGUCUACUUACGUAAAGCUCGUAAGGUCCCAUGUUGCAUUCAUUUUACCUUCUAAAACUGGCACUUCGAACAUACCUCUGCUAAAAUAUGACAAUCAGGGGAGUGGUUCUUCUGUAACUGUGUUCUAUAAAUGUUGGACACCAGAGAAGCAGGGGAUGAGCUGUGUAGAACCCCCAUGUCAAAAACUGUUUUGCAAGGUAAAAAAGUAAAUUUUGGAUACAGUCAAUGUCAGACAGAUGAAGGACAUAUGCAGAGAAUUUCUAGCCAAAUAGAACAUUUAGGCAUUUAAAUCAGACAAA